AUGAAAGAGCUUAGGCACACGAACGUCGUGCGUUUGUACGAUGUGAUCCAUACCGAGUCCAAGCUCAUGCUAGUGUUCGAGUUCAUGGAGCAGGAUCUGAAAAGAUAUAUGGAUAUGCAUGGAAAUAGGGGAGCACUUGACCCCGUCACGGUGCGCAGCUUCAUGUUUCAGCUAUUGAAGGGAACCGCUUUUUGCCACGAAAAUCGAGUUUUGCACCGGGACCUGAAACCACAGAAUCUUUUGAUCAACAAGCGCGGUGAGCUGAAGCUCGCUGACUUUGGUCUUGCGCGCGCUUUUGGCAUUCCCGUGAAUACGUUCAGCAACGAGGUCGUGACGCUCUGGUACCGAGCGCCGGAUGUGCUUUUGGGCAGUCGUACAUACUCAACGAGCAUUGACGUAUGGUCGGCUGGAUGCAUUAUGGCGGAAAUGAUCAGCGGAAUCCCACUUUUCCGCGGCCGCGACAACAAUGACCAGCUCAUGCAGAUCAUCCGCGUUCUGGGCACACCGGACGAGCAUACCAUCAAGCGCAUCCUUCAUGAGUCGCCCGAAAUCCAAUACCGCCCACUCCCCCGCCUGCCGAAAGUCCCAUUCCAGAACCUGUUUCCGAAAGUACACCCCCUUGCUAUUGAUCUGCUCGAAAAGCUUCUACAAUUUGAUCCAUCACAGCGCAUCACUGCUGACGAUGCACUGCGCCACCCGUACUUUACAACGAGUCAUGCCGUCUCUCACGCGUAUGCGCCAACGUCUGCUGCUGUUGACGCAAGUGUCUCGGACAUGUAUGCUAAACAAGAAGCCAAAGCCAUGUAA